CUUCUAAACGUUUAUUUAGAAAGGGUAAUAGUGUAGAUACUGAAAACAAAUAUCUCACCUCGACGAAACGUUUUCUAAACAUGGCAAAGCAUCACCCUGAUCUGAUUUUCUGCAGAAAACAGCCUGGCGUAGCUAUUGGUAGAGUUUGUGAAAAAUGUGAUGGUAAAUGUGUGAUAUGUGAUUCCUACGUCAGACCCUGUACGUUGGUGCGGAUCUGUGAUGAGUGUAAUUAUGGUUCUUACCAAGGUCGUUGUGUCAUCUGUGGAGGUCCUGGAGUCUCAGAUGCUUACUACUGCAAAGAAUGCACCAUCAUGGAAAAGGAUAGAGAUGGAUGUCCCAAGAUUGUAAACUUAGGAAGUGCAAAGACUGAUUUGUUUUAUGAGAGAAAGAAAUAUGGAUUUAAGAAGAGAUGAGAGCUCUGGAUGAAUUAAAAACUAUGAACACCUUACAAAUUUUCUCAUCAACAACAUAGAUUUCAUCAUCAGAAAACAGACUUUGUGAUUGUAUUAACAAGCAAUCAAUGUCUAUCAGUUUGAAGGAAAAAAUAGCUGCAAGCAAUGGUUCUUAGUUUAUUAUGCAGUAUACUUCCAAUAAAUACAUAUUCUUAUUGUCAUUUUACAUAAUCAAUAUGUUUUUUAAUUUUUCGAAAUACAUGUAUAUGUCAUUUAAAAAUGGAGUUGUACUUUUAUAUCAAUUUUGAAAAGAGGUUAGUGUUUGUUUUAUUUCGCAAAUUAUUAGAAAUAGUUGAAUUCUAUCAGAUCCUAAUAAAUGCAAUUUUUAUAUUACAGUACAUGAACACCUUAGUACACUUAGGUAACUGACUGCAAAUCUGUUUUUGUCUGUUGUUGUGUAUUAACAUUUGAAUAUUUUCAACUUCUGAAAUUGUACUGGGUUAAUUUUUACCAAACUAUGCAUGCAAUAUUCCCCUGGCCUUCUGAGGGCUGCGGGGCAGAACCAAAACUCAAAAAAUGAUGAAAUAAUA